AACACCAGAGAGACCAAGAAAUUGACAGAGAAGAGAAAGAGAGUGCAGUAGAGGAGAGGAAGCUAUCGGCAACCAAAAAAAUGUCUUGUUUCAAAUUUCUUGUAUUCCUUUCGUUGCUUAGCCUUAGCAGUGGCAGUGAAGCAGCACCCACUUACAGCUACCACUUUUGCUCAAAUUCAACCUUCUUCACCGCCAACAGCAACUACCAAUCCAAUCUCGACUUCGUCCUCUCUUCUCUUUCCUCUUACGCCACACGGGCCCCUGGGUUCUCCAGGGCCAAGGCUGGCGAGUACGGUCCUGACGGCUGGGUCUACGGGCUCUUUUUGUGCGGUGGCGUCGUCAGCACCACCGUCUGUCAAGACUGCGUUGCCAACGCGACCAAAGAAAUACUACGACUCUGCCCCUUACACAAAGAGGCUAUAAUAUGGUACGACGAGUGCUUCUUACGUUACUCCAACACAACCGUCUUCGACACCAUGAGCGAAGCGCCCAGGGUAUACAUGGGGAGCACGCAGACUAUCCUAGAGGCAGAGAAAGACGGCUUCAACAAGUUGUUGGCCAAAACAAUGAAUUCGUUGGCUACCCUCGCGUCGAAUUCUUCGACGGGCAAGAAGUUUGCGAAGGGGGAAGAGAAGUUCAACAGUUCACAGACGCUGUACAGCCUCGUGCAGUGCACGCCGGACCUGAAUGUGUCCGAUUGCUAUAGAUGUUUACAAAGCGCCAUAGGAGAUCUUCCUAUGUGCUGUGAUGGGAAACAAGGCGGAAGGGUUCUGCUACCAAGUUGUAACAUUAGAUAUGAAUUGUACCCAUUUUACAACUCCACAUCUGCUUCGCCAGCAUUUUCUCCUCUUCCUCCAGGAAAAAGCAAGUCAUCUCUAAUUACUAUCAUCGCCAUUGUUGUCCCAAUUGCUGGUUCGGUCGUGAUUUUGUCCAUUGGCUGUUUCUUCCUGCGUAGAAAAACAAAGAAGAAUUACAAUACCUUACUAGCAGAAAAUGUUGGGGUUGAAAUUACAUCUGUAGAGUCCCUGCAAUUUGACUUGGGUACGCUUGAAGCUGCCACAAACAACUUCUCUGAUGGUAACAAGAUUGGUAAAGGUGGAUUUGGUACGGUUUACAAGGGUAUCUUUUACAAUGGACAAGAAAUAGCAGUGAAAAGGCUAUCAAAAAGCUCUGGGCAAGGUGUUGCAGAAUUUAAGAAUGAGGUUAUGCUGGUUGCAAAGCUUCAACAUAGAAAUCUAGUGAGGCUCUUAGGAUUUUGCUUGGAAGGAGAAGAAAAAAUACUCGUUUAUGAAUAUGUGCCCAACAGAAGCCUUGAUUACUUUUUAUUCGACGCUAUAAGGCGAAGACAACUCGAUUGGUUACGCCGUUACAAGAUUAUAAGAGGGAUUGCUCGAGGACUUCUUUAUCUUCAUGAAGAUUCUCGGCUUAGAAUUAUACAUCGUGAUCUUAAAGCUAGCAAUGUUUUAUUAGAUGACAAUAUGGAUCCAAAGAUUUCAGAUUUUGGUAUGGCAAGGAUGUUUGUAAUGGAUCAAACACAAGGAAAUACAAGUAGAAUUGUGGGAACAUAUGGUUACAUGUCUCCAGAGUAUGCAAUGCAUGGACGAUUCUCUGUGAAGUCUGAUGUAUUUAGCUUUGGUGUCCUACUUCUAGAGAUUAUCAGUGGUAGAAGGAACAACAGUUUCUAUCAAUUAGAACAUGAUGAGUACCUCUUAAGCUUUACCUGGAAACAAUGGAGGAAUGGAUCCCCCUUGGAAUUGUUGGAUCCAACCAUUAGAGAUUCUUUUUCAAAAAAUGAAGUCAUUAGAUGCAUCCAUAUUGGGUUAUUGUGUGUUCAGGAAGAUCCAGCCAACCGACCUACAAUGGCAACAAUAGUUCUCAUGCUUGAGAGUCACUCUGUUAGCCUACAGUUACCUCAGCAUCCAGCAUUUUUGCUUCGGAGUAGAGAAAAGAGGAACAUGAUAACAAAGGAAGUGGCGCAUGAUGAUUCUACAACAACCCAGUCAGUGACAUUUUCUGUUGAUGAAGCAUCGUUCACUCAACUAUACCCUCGAUAGUGUGAGCAAGCGAGGUGUUGUCUAUCUUUGUUACUUGCUAUCUUGGUGAUGAAAGUGGAGCUUGUGCAUGGUUGCAUUGCAUAUGCCUGUUCUUUGAGGAAUGUAAACUAAGGACAAUAUCUUUUGAGUUACAGGUCUUUUCCUCUUCCACAAUGUGCACUGUACGAACUAAACUUUAAUUGCUUACAAGAUCUGCAUCGUCUUAAGAAUUUAUUCAAGUUAAUGCAACGUAAUUUGUGUUGCUAGUACUUGCUACUAA